CAUUUUAUUUAUUUAUAACGGCUUUGUUUUUGCUUUGAGUAGUGGCAUGCAAGCGGUGCUGGUGAUUUGAAUAAAUUUCAAGUUUCUAUGGAAAACUCCAAUAUGACUGCCACAGUGGAACCUGUUCAGCCGGAGAAUAAUUUCAAUGUGAACAAGGACAAAUUUUCUCUGUCCAGUAGUAAAGAAGACCAUGACAUUCACAGCCUUCUACCAAACGGAAAUGAAAUUGAUCAUUCCUUGCCAGUAAUUGUUACUGAUACAUCUUGUGAUAAGAGUACCGAAAGUUCAGUUAUCUCUCUCGAGAAUACAAGAUCUUUAGUUGAGGAAAGACAUUUGGACACAGGAUAUACUGGUAAAGAUUAUGCAGUACUGUCAUCCAAGGAUUCGUGUAUGACUUUGGCCGUUCCAAAAUUGUCAGCAAAAUACAGAAAGAGCAAGGGAAUUUCAAAACGUUUGCAAUAUAGAAAACAAAGAGCUGCGAGUAGAAAUUCAUUUCUGUUUUCAUAUUCAUUAUCGAUGGUGUGUGUGGUUAUGCGCCUCUUAAAAGCUGAAACUGCAGAAUGUUCAGAUAUUGUGACAUGGGACGUAAAGACAAAGCCCAUUUUGUUUGGAGAGACAUUAGAAUUAGUAUGCAAUAUAUUCGAUGAGGAAAAUUUGUGUAAGGGGAGUUUCCAGCAGUGGUAUGGUAGUAAACAGGACACGCUUCUUUGUCAAGAUGGGAAAUGUAGAAACGAAGAAAAGUACACAUUCAAGAAAAAUGCUAAUUGUAAUAACUCCUUAUUGAUACAUAACCUAUCUAUAAGCGAUGUCGAUAUUUCAUAUUCAUGUGCAUUUGGGAGAAAUGAGAUGAAAAAAGGAUUAAUGAUGAAAGAUUAUGAAUUCUUAAAGCUUCCCAGAAACAGUAGCGUUAGUCCUUCACUGACAAUAAAUGACAGUAUUGUUGACGUUUCUUUGAAAAUUGAUGGUAUUUAUCCUGAACCAAAUUGCACCAUUAUCCUUCACGAAAGAGACAUAACGGGAAAAGCUAAUAUAUCAUCUACCGUUAAUCAAGCGGGUUUAUUCUUUACCUACAAUAUGCAUAUAAUGCACAACGUUAGCAAAAAAGAUUGUGGAUCUCCUUUGGUGGUUAACUGUUAUAUUGGAAGCUUUACUGUGACCAACUACACAAGGGAAUUAGAUAAUUGUACUGAUAAUUCCUGUAAUCAUUGGAGCGGAAACAACUCGACUUUGGUAGUAUCAAUGGUUAUUCUUACCAUUUUAGUGGUUAUUAUCGUGGUCAUUUUUGUAUUUCUUUAUUCUAAAAGAAUGAGAAUCCGAGAAAGCUGUCAGAAAGUUAGUGAAAAAGACACUGAGAGGGCGGACACAGAUGAGACUUCUACGUGUAUUAAUGUUGCAGACAACAAUUCAGAUAGAGCUGAGCAUGAGACUGACGAACUUUACAGUUAUGAUACGAAUGGCAAAAGACAUGAACAGACCUCUCUGUGAUCCGGGAUAUUUGUACAGAAAUGACCAAUGUAGCAGACUAUAAUUGUGUUGAUAAAAUGGUUUUAGUCAUCAUUUUAUAAAGCUGAUAGUUUUAGAACAUGUCAUGGAUUCGAUCAAGGAGUUGACUAUGUUUAAAUGUAAUGCAAACGUGCAACAUAUGUUGUAAUAUAGCUUUGUGCUUACAAUUAAUUCGUUACUUUUGAGCACACAGUUACAAAACAAGAAUGUGAGGACAUAAGCAUGGUUGACAAAAGAAACGAUGUGUAAAUGCUGCAAUGCAAUGCUUGUGUGGAUUGUUAAGGGUGAGCGCUUGAAGGCUUGCGUCCCGUCGAAAGUGGCUCAAUUAUAGUUUUUGUGAUGCAUAUUUACAUUGUUUUUAUUCCUUUACAUAUCAAAGAUCAAACUAACAAACGAAAGCUGAGUAAUGUUAUUGAAAGAGUACAGAUAGUAUAAUUCAUAGACAUACAUGUUUGUACAAGUCAACAUAAAAAGAUGAGACAUAUAUACUAUGGAGGUCAUGGAUUCGUCCCUGGUCUAUUUCAAACAAAGACCAUUAGUACUUAAUGUUUGACCACUAAGCCUACAGCUUUAGCAUAUAGGAGUAAGAUUAAUGAAUAAGAGGCUCGAAUUAUGUGUCUUGGAAGGAAUGACAUGUCUUCAUUUGGUCUUUUUUUUAAAUAGUAUGUUAACAUUUCGGCUCAGUUAUCUGCCUAGUUCAAAACAAGGUUAUUUUGAUAUUCUUAUCACAACAGUAUGUUCUUGUAUUGGUAUUCAUCUAAUAUUUGCCACGUUUAACACUAAUCAAUCAAUCUAACUUGUCUUUUUUGUUAUAGGUUCAGCAUUUUCGGGGAUAUAUAUUUUGCAAAUCAGUGAAUUAGCAUCGAUUAUAUUAUAUUUUUAUGAGAUUUGGAGCUUUUAGAAAUACAGACACGCAGCCAAUUUUUUUUUUAUACACAUUAAUCAAUUUUAUUGCACCUUUACUGUUAAAAAGUUACUUAAUCUACAGCUUCAACUAAAUUUUCAUAUACGUAAGUUAUUGAAUAUCCAAUGAAAAUAUUCUCGCGAGCUAAUUCUUAUUAUAAAUAUACUAUGAAGUUUCUAUAAGUUAUAAAGAUAACUGAAAAUCCUAAAACUAAAAAUGUUGUAUGAUGAAUAUUUUAGUUCUAUUCGGAACAAUGCAGAAUUCGUUCUUUCUGUCCCAAUGGUAUCUUUCGCCUCUCUUUCAUUGAACCAGCAUCAUUAUGCAUGAAGUACACUUGAAUAGGGACAUGCAUGGCAAAGUUGAAAUGAUUUUACGAAGAUGAUAUAAAAAUUGCUGGACAUUUUUAAUCAACAUAUUUGUUGAGACAAAUUUGUGUAUUUACAUUUCAAAAGGUUACUAGUUGUGCACCUCUACUUGUCGACUUGCUUUUGUACUCAUAUCAAGCAGAGCUCUUACAAAAUCUUCUCAAAGGGAAAAAAAGAAAAAGCAUCUUGAUAAAUUAUUGGUGCUCGUUUUCAGAGACUUUUUUUGUAUAUUAAUGAUUUUUUUCUUUUUCUGAAACCUACUCAACUAUUGAGUGUUUGGAUCUCAUAUAUACAAAUAAACCGGAAAUUAAGGAUAUACGACUGAAACUAGAAUGUCUGCUUCGUAUCUUCACCUUUUCAGUAAUAUUGACAUAGAAUACGACUUUAAACUAGAAUUCAUGACAUACUGGUGACUUCAUAUUUUCAAUUGCCAACUUACUAUGUCGUUGUCGAUUUUUCUUCAACUAAUACAUUUUGAAUAUGCUUUGGUAUCGCUUUCUUCCUGUUUUUUUCCAUUUCUUAGCUGUAUCAUGCGGCCUGCUUCAUUGUAUGGUGUUAACAUAUCUCAAUUGAUACGUUAUACCGAUUUUUUCAUUUAAAAAAGUUGGAUUUUCCAGUUUUCGGACAAUAACUCAAAAAUGCUUUCACCAAUUUGCAUGAAAUUUUGGUGAAUUGUUUAUAUUUAUUGACAUGAGCUCCCUUUCGUUUUUUGUAAAUUUUAGAUUUUACAUUUCUGAGUUAUGGGGUCUUAUUCAUUAAAAAAGGGGGGAUUUUCCAGUUAUCGGACAAUAACUCAAAAAUGCUUUCAGCAGUUCUCAUGAAACUUUGGUGAAUUGUUUAUAUUUAUAUGUAUUGACGUAAGCUCCCUUUCGAUUUUUACAAAUUUCUGAUAUGACAUUGAGAAGUUAUUGAACUUUAUUCUUUGGAAACGCGACGGGCGUUUCAUGCGCUCAUGGCGCAGCUGUUUAUUUUUUAAUAAAUUCACGUUAUUCAGUCUGAUGUCAGAAAAGGUUUGUUGUGAAUUCAAAGAAAAUUACAGAAUAUAUUAUAUGUCUAUUUUGA